AGCUGCCCCCUCUCCAUUCCCCGUCACCUUCUCCGGCUCGCUCGUCUCUCCUUUCAGGGCGGAUGGUUCCGAGGGCCGGGGCUGGGGCCGGGCGCGGCGUGGGGAGAGCGCUUCACGGGCUCCCAUCCCCCUCCACCUCCCCAGGGGCGGGGAGCCCUGUGGGCAGCUCCCUCCCGCCCCGCUCUGGCUUUGUGUCGGCCGCCGGCGUCUGGGCUGGGGGAGGGGAGCCGGGGAAUCUCUUGCGGGGGCCCCAGUGUUUCUACCACCCGUUCGAGGGUCGAGUCGCGGAAUCGCAGACUCCUCCCUCCCAGGCAUCCUCCUUUCUCUGCCAGGCCACCCGCACGCCAGGCGUUGGGGUGGGAGAAAAAGUAAAAGAUUUUGAGAAGAGGGGGAAAAAGGAAGUUUGUCCUGUCCUGGAUCAGUUUCUUUGUCAUGUAGCCAAGACUGGAGAAACAAUGUGAGUUGAAAGCAUACAUUUGUCGUUAUAGACCAGUGCAUUAUUCAGAAUUGCUCAGGAAAGGGAAAAAAGUGUAUUUUGGGAUAAAUAAUUCAUUCUAAAUUGUAGAAGUCCUGGUCAUUUAAAUAAUUUAUAUAUAAAUUUACAUUUAAAGAACGUGUACACUUAUUUGCUCUAUAUUGGUCUGUAAGGGAUUUUAAAAACUUGUAUAUGUUAAAAUUGUCUUUGUAGCUAGGCUUUGGCACGCUUAGAGAACGUAUUAGUCUUAACGAGCCAGAGAAAGGAAGAAUGCCUGUUCCAUUAUGACCCUUUUUGGCCAUAACAAAUAGGCUUAUUUCUAGAAUUUUGUAGCUUUGAUUCUGUUUCAGAGUCUUGGUGGUAUUUUCUCAUAUUGUGUGUCCAGUUUUUUUCGGUCGUAUUUGCGUAUGUAGGUGUUUGAAGUGUCACUUCUAUUUAUCGUCUUGAGGACUCAUUAUCUGACAAAUUCCAAAUGCUACAGUUUUGACUGACCUGUAGACUUUUAGGAUAGCUGAUUUGUUACAUAUGCUCAGCAUUUUAUUAAGCUCGUUUCCAAAUGUUCUGAAUCUGAAACUUACACUAUAAAGUUAGGGCUGUGUUCAGAAGGAACAUUCCAGGUCAUUGUUUUGCAGUUUGUGUGGUAGUCGCACUCUGGCUAAGUUUAUUUGUAGAGGACAGUGCAUCUUUGAGGACUUCUUUUUGUAGUCUUUGGGUGGGGGCUGGGGCAGCAGGAAAGGGGUAGGUUUCUGUGGGUUCGAUGUUAAUAUGUGGGUUAUCUGCCUAGUAUGAGUGUAGCUUUCAGCAAGUAUUGUAUAAUUUCUCUGGCUUUAUUAUUAGCAAGUGUUCAUUUCUCACAAGAUUUGCUUAUGAUUGUAGUCUAGCCUUUUAACAACUAGCCUAAUUUUAGAAAGGAAAAAACCUUUGCUGCCUCAGUGCUUGAUUUAAUGGUCAUGUCUGCAAGCUGAAUCUCGUUAGUAUUCUAUUAAAAUAUACCAGUCAUUUUGAGAACGUCACUGUGAUGUGUUCAAUCUUGUAUUUCUAUUUAUUACAUUAAAAAAUGGGAGCUUCUGGGGCGGAAGUCAUUUUUACCUUCGAAUUAUAGUCUCAUACGGAACAUCUUGAUUUAAAACAAUGUAAAACUGUUAAUUUAUGCUUAUACCGAUAAGCCUAAAAAUGACCAUACGCCAUCUUUCAAAAAUAAAUUAAUCCCGGAAACAUAAAUACUUAAGACUGCCACUAUAUUCCUCUUGAAUUGCUAGUUGGCACAGACUUAGCCCUGUCAACAAUGUCAAACCAAAUAGCGUUUUACUUUUGGCUGUUUUUUGAUAUACAAGAUUAUAUCAAACUAUUUGGAGAUGAGUACUUAAAACCUCUUAUUCAGUUUAUCAGGUUUGUACACACUGCUUUCCCUUUUUGAUAAAAUACAUUGCCUAUAAAUGUGUAAAUAGUUGAAAACUUCUAAAAGAUAGCUUUUUAAUAUCCUGUCUUACUGGAACACCAAGUGCCUGGGGAAGUUAUCUGAUUUUUUUUGGACAGUUAUUUUAUCCUGGUAGAAGAGGACUUAAAAUUCCCAAUCCCCCACCCCAUAUUAGGUGUUUAUAUACUCACUAAGCAUGUUUUGUACUGAAAUGAUUGGUGUACUUAGAUUCUUAUAUUAAAUGGAAUAUGGAAAAUAUUUUUAAAUUUAUUAUGUAAAUAGCCAGUGUUUAUGCAUUUAGCUUUAAGCUUUGAUUUCUUUUUAUCAAUAUGGCAUAUCUUUGAUAUAUUUGCAGAAUUUCUGUCACCCAUUUAUGACUAAACUAAGCUUUGUCUAGUAUGUGAGUAACAAGAUAAUUAAAAUUUAAAGAACAGCAAUUUAGACUUUUCUGAUGUUUUAGGAUGGGUGGAUUGCUUAAGAUAAGCGUUUGCACCGGAUGUGGCGGCUCAUACCUGUAUCUCAGCACUUUGGGAAACGGAGGAUCACUUGAGCUCAGGACAAAAAAUUUAAAAGUUACCUGGGUGUGUUGGUACAUGCCUG